AAAUAAAGUAAUUGUUUAUUAACUCGUCGAGAAUUCCAAGACGGAUGCGUAAACAAUGUUUAUGUGAUUACUUAGAAGUAAAACAUGUACAUUAAGCAGGUUAUUAUUCAAGGCUUCAAAUCAUAUAGAGAACAAACAGUAGUAGAGCCUUUUGAUCCAAGGCAUAAUGUAGUUGUUGGUAGAAAUGGAUCAGGAAAAAGUAAUUUCUUCUACGCUAUACAAUUUGUUUUAAGCGAUGAAUUUUCUCACUUACGACCAGAACAGCGUCAAGGGCUUCUUCAUGAAGGAACUGGACCCAGGGUGAUUUCUGCUCAUGUAGAAAUCAUCUUUGAUAAUUCAGAUGGAAGGUUGCCUAUUGAUAAGGACGAAGUAUAUCUGAGAAGAGUUAUUGGUUCCAAAAAAGAUCAAUAUUUCCUUAAUAAGAAAAUUGUAACAAGAAGCGAUGUAAUGAAUCUUUUAGAAUCUGCUGGAUUUUCUAGAUCAAAUCCUUAUUAUAUCGUUAAACAAGGAAAAAUCAAUCAAAUGGCAACUGCACCUGAUUCUCAACGAUUAAAAUUAUUGCGCGAGGUGGCUGGUACAAGAGUUUACGAUGAUAGAAGAGAAGAAUCAAAAUCUAUACUUAAAGAAACAGAAGGAAAACUUGAAAAAAUUCAAGAUUUUCUACGUACAAUAGAGGAAAGAUUACAAACUUUAAGGGAAGAAAAAGAGGAGCUUAAAGAAUAUCAAAAAUGGGAUAAGCAGAGAAGAAGUUUAGAGUAUAUUAUUCAUGAACGUGAAUUAAAAGAAAAUAAGCGCAAGCUUGAAGAGUUGGAAGAUUCUCGAGCAAAAAGUGGUCAAGAACAGGCAAGUUUAACAGCCGAAGUAAAAACUGCUCAAGAAAAAGUAAAGUUAGCUACAAAAAGGCAUAAAGAAGCUAAGAAAGAGGCACAAACCGCUAAAGAAGAACGAGAUACACUUAGUGCUGAACAACAACAACUUUUGAAAGAAAAGACGAAGCUUACCUUUACGAUAAAUGACUUAAUGGAAGAAGUUAGAGGGGAUAAUGAUAGUCGCAAACGAGCUGAAGAAGAAUUAGAAAAGUUAAGAAGUCAAAUUGCUGCAAAGGAAGCUGAAUUAGAAAACAUAAAGCCACAAUAUGAAGAAAUGAAAAGGAAAGAAGAAGAAAUAACAAGAGAAUUAGCGUUAAAGGAGCAGAAACGUAAAGAAUUGUAUGCUAAACAAGGAAGAGGAAGUCAGUUCACUACAAAGGCGGAAAGAGAUAAUUGGAUACAGCAAGAAUUAAAACAACUAAAUAAGCAGAUAAAAGAUAAAGAAGAACACGAAAAGAAAAUUACCGAAGAUUUGAAAAAAGACGAGGAAAAACGUGCGUCCUUAGAAAAGAAAAUUCAAGAGUACACUCGAGAAAUGGAAUGCCAAAAAGCUUCUAUAGACGAGCAUAAUAAACAAUAUUAUGAUCUAAAUAAAUCAAAGGACCAAUGUCAGGCCACACGUAAAGAACAGUAUCGACAGGAAAGUAUUCUACAACUUAAUUUAUCAGGUUUAAAGGAAGAUUUAGCGAAAGCUGAUCAAAGCCUUAGAUCUAUGGCUGGUAAACCUAUUCUUAAUGGUAGAGACAGUGUUCGUAAAGUGCUUGAUACUUUUAGAGAUCGUCCAGAUAUGGCAAAAGAAGUAAGUAGCUAUUAUGGUCCAGUGAUUGAAAAUUUUGACUGCGAUAAAAGUGUGUACAUGGCUGUUGAAGUGACGGCUGGCAACCGCCUCUUCCAUCACAUAGUGGAAACAGAUAAAUUUGGCACCAAAAUUUUAAAAGAAAUGAAUAAUCAACGUUUACCGGGUGAAGUGACAUUUAUGCCUUUAAAUCGCUUACACGUAAAAACUAUCGAUUAUCCACAAACUCCGGAUGCUAUACCAAUGAUAUCAAAAUUAAACUACGAUGACAAAUAUGACAAAGCCUUAAGGUAUAUUUUUGGAAAAACUCUUAUAUGUCGUAAUUUGGAAGCUGCGACAAGUCUCGCACGUACGUCUGGUCUUGAUUGUGUGACUCUAGAAGGAGAUCAAGUAUCAUCUAAAGGUUCAUUAACGGGUGGUUAUUUCAAUACAUUAAGAUCUCGAUUGGAAAUACAAAAGAACAGGUCGGAAUUAAUGGCUCAAAUUAACUCAUUGGAAACCCAAUUAACAAAUUUAAAAGAAGAAAUAAAAAAUGCCGAUCGUAAUAUUAGCUCGUAUGUAAGUGAAAUGCAACGUACUGAAACAAAAAAUAGUAAAGCCAGAGAUAUAUUUGAUAAAAUGAAAGGUGAAAUACGUAUAAUGAAAGAAGAACUUAGUGCAAUCGAAAGGUACAAAGUACCAAAAGAAAAAAGUUUACAACAGUGCAAAUCAAGUUUGGAAGCCAUGUAUGCUACAAAAGAAGGUUUAGAAAGUGAACUUCAUCAAGAUUUAAUGGAACAACUUUCCGUUGCUGAUCAGCACCAGGUUGAUCAAUUGAAUGAUGCUAUUAGGCGCUUAACAAAAGAAAAUAAAGAAGCGUUCGUAAAGAGAAUGAAAUUAGAAGCCGAGAAGAAUAAAUUAGAAAAUUUGCUAACUAACAAUUUAGUACGUAGAAAAGACGAAUUAGUGCAGGCACUGCAAGAAAUUACGGUAGAAGACCGUCAACGUUUAUUGGAUACAUCGAAAACUCAAUUAUCGGACAUUGAAAAGAGAUUGCUGAAAAAUCAAUCGGAAUUUAAAUCACAAAAUGAAAAAGUCGCUGCUGCAGCGAAAAAACAAAAGGCAGAAGCUUUGGAGGUUGAAAAAUGGAAGGCAAUUGAGAAAGAAGCACAGGAGAAAAUGGAAUCCGAUGCUAAAUACUUGGAGAAAUUAGCCAGUAAGAUGAAUAUGCUUCAACAAAAUAUAACGGAGUGUACGCAAAAAAUAACCGAAUUAGGCGCUCUUCCUAAUAAAGAGUCGUACUCAAAAUUUAGUAACAUGACAACCAAACAAUUAUUUAAAAAAAUGGAAGAAGCUAAUAGUCAUUUAAAAAAAUAUAGUCAUGUUAAUAAAAAAGCCUUGGAUCAAUUUAUGUCAUUUAGUGAACAAAAGGAAAAAUUAGUAAAGCGAAAAGAAGAAUUAGAUAGAGCAGAUGAAAAAAUUAAGGAGCUAAUGUCCGUUCUUGAACAAAGGAAAUGCGAAGCUAUUCAGUUUACCUUCAAACAAGUAAGUAAAUAUUUUUCCGAAGUCUUCAAGAAACUUGUACCAUCGGGUAGCGCACAGUUGGUUAUGAAAACAGCUGAUGGUGAAGAUAAUGACGAUACUGUACCUGAAACAGCAGAUUCUGAUCGGUUUAUCGGUGUCGGCAUUAGAGUUUCAUUUACAGGUCACAAAGGUGAAAUGCGAGAAAUGAAUCAAUUGUCUGGUGGGCAAAAGUCCCUCGUAGCCUUAGCAAAUAUCUUUGCAAUUCAAAAGUGUGAUCCGGCGCCAUUUUAUUUAUUCGACGAAAUCGAUCAAGCCCUCGAUGCACAACAUAGAAAAGCUGUUGCCGAUAUGAUUCACGAACUAAGCUCAGACGCUCAAUUUAUUACGACUACUUUCAGACCAGAAUUGUUGCAACACGCCAACAAAUUUUAUGGAGUGAAAUUUAGAAACAAGGUUUCGCACGUUGAAUGUGUAACGAGAGAAGAAGCAGCAGACUUUGUGGAAGAUGAUCAAACUCAUGCAUAGAUAUAUAGAUAUUUUGGACUAUCGCGUCAUUUUAUUUUUUCAUUAAUAUUUAAAAAUAGUUUA